UGGAAAGUGAAAAGGAAGUGAGUUCUACUUCCGUAACCAACUUUAUUUGGUUGAGAGAACUGAGAGCUCUCUCUAGUCUCUCACAUCUCACCGAUGGAACAUAAAUCGUCGACGGCCACCGCCACCGCCACCGCCACCGCCACCGCCACCGCCGGUAAGCCCAUUCGGUGCAGAGCCGCCGUCUGCCGGAAGGCCGGCGAGCCGCUGGUGGUGGAGGACAUUUUGGUGGCUCCGCCGAUGCCUCAUGAGGUUCGGAUUCGGAUCAUUUGCACCUCUCUCUGUCAUACCGAUAUCAAAUUCUGGAACAUGAAGGAUCUUCCGGGGAUCUUUCCAAGGAUUUUAGGCCACGAAGCUGUUGGAGAGGUAGAGAGUGUAGGAAGUGAAGUGAGUGAAGUAAAGGAAGGAGACAUUGUAAUCCCAAGUUUCAUGGGUGAGUGUGGAGAGUGCAGAGAUUGCAGUUCAGAAAAGAGCAACCUUUGCUCUAAACUGUCCUUCAAUCUCUCCCAUGGGAUGCCUCGCUGUGGCACCAGUAGGUUCACUGACCUUAAUGGACAGUUUCUGCAUCACUUGUUGUAUGUGUCAAGUUUCAGUGAGUACACUGUGGUAGACAUUGCUCAUAUCUUUAAACUCGAUCCUUAUAAUAUCAUCCCGCCCGACUGCGCGUGCCUCCUUGGUUGUGGCGUGGCGACAGGGGUGGGUGCUGCUUGGAGAACAGCAAAGGUGGAAAAAGGAUCAACUGUUGCCAUUUUUGGACUUGGGACCAUUGGCUUGGCUGUUGCUGAAGGAGCAAGAAUAUGUGGAGCAUCCAGGAUCAUUGGGGUUGAUGUCAACCCAGAUAAAUUAACAAAGGCAAAAGAGUUUGGAGUUACUGAGACUGUUAAUUCUCGAGCCCUUGAUGGUAAAUCUGUGAGCCAGGUGAUUAAUGAGAUGACAGAUGGAGGUGCAGACUAUUGCUUUGAAUGUGUUGGACUAAGCUCCUUAAUCACAGAAGCAUUUGCUUGCUGUAGAAAGGGUUGGGGAAAAACAAUUUUAUUUGGUGUGGAGGAUACAACGUCAGCAUUAAGUCUGAAAUCUGCGGAUGUGAUUUUCCAAGGGAAAACUUUGAUUGGGUGCUUAUAUGGUGGACUUAAGCCCAAAUCAGACAUUCCCACACUUGUUCAAUGGUACAUAGAUAAGAAACUACAUUUGGAUUUAUUUAUCACACACGAAGUCAAAUUUGAAGACAUCAACAAAGCUUUUAAUUUGCUGAGUGAAGGGGAAUGCCUUAGGUGUGUGAUUUGGAUGAGCAAAUGAAGCAAGCUCAUGCCUUGUUACUCCUCGAACAAGUUUCACUUUUACAAACUUCAUUUGUUGUACUAAAGUUUAAUGUUUGUGUACCUAUGACACUGCAAAAGCGCGAGAAGCCCCGGUGAAAUAUAUGUUGGUUGAGUUUGUACUUG